AUGACACUGCUCAGCACAAUUGUUUGUCUGCUUUGCAGCCUGGUGGCGAGCAUUAACAGCUCUGGCGCUGCUCCGGUCGCUUACUGUACUGGAAACUCCUGCGCAGCUUCGGCGCAUGCUCCUCGCGCCAAUUCGCCUCGAGUCACUCUUGCGCUCGGAACGGUGCAGGGUACCUCGCUCGACUACUCGGCGGAGCGCUUCACGUUGCCUUACGCACAACCACCAGUUGGACAGCUGCGUUUCGCCUCACCUCAACCACCCACUGCUUUCAAUGCGUCGGUGUACGAUGCUACACAGCUUCCGAAGGCGUGCAUGCAGCAGCCAGAUGAGCGGUACGGGAUCUCGGCUGAUAAUGUCAGCGAAGACUGCCUGUACCUCAACGUCUACCGACCGUCGCGGCCGAGUAGUACGACGUCAAAAUUGCCGGUCAUCGUGUGGGUUCAUGGAGGAAGCUUCUCAUCGGGAGCCUCAACUGCACCGGGCUUGGACGGAUCGUGGCUUGCUAGCCAGAAUAACAUCAUUGUCGUGACGAUUCAAUACCGUCUGGGUAUGUUUGGCUUCUUUUCUCCUAGUGCUUUUACCGACGGCUCAGCAGAUACCUCUUCCAAUGGUAAGAUUCAAGGCAAUCAAGGUGUACGUGAUGCCAUUCAAGCAUUGCGCUUCGUUCACGACAACAUGGCGAGUUUCGGUGGCGAUCCGAAUCGCAUCACACUCGCUGGACAGAGUAGCGGAGCGCACCUGAUUCGCUCGCUGCUCAACGCUCGAUCGGCGUCUUGGCUUUUCCAGCAAGUCAUUCUACAUUCGGAUCCGGCCAACUUUGGCACGCAGACCGCGCAAACGAGUGAACAAGUGAGCGACUUUGCGCUGCAGCAAACGGGCUGUUCGGAUCUCGACUGUCUGCGAUCCAUUUCGGCCAACGAUGUGCUGGGCGCUAGUACGGCGGCGGUGCAGGCAGGCCGAGACAUUGAUCCGUCCGUAGCCCUGACCGAGGUGUGGCGUCCUUUCAUCGACUCACUCACCGGCACGGCUUUCGAAGAGAAUCCCAGCGACGCUUUGUCUAGGGCAAAGCCGAUCAUCUUUACCAAUGUCGAAAACGAAGGUGGCUCGGCUGUCGGUUCGUUGCUUCUGCCGACGGGCGCCGAGGCGCAACGUGCACAGUUGCGCAGUUAUCCUAUUUCGCUUACUCGCCAACAGUUGCUGGAUCAGAUGUUCAACAACGGUCGCGCAAGCACGCUCUCGAAUGCAUCGCAGUACGCGAUCGACUCCAACACUUCCGCCUAUCCUUCACCAGCACAAGUUCAGCUCUAUUCGCAGAGCAAGGAUGGCCUACGCCGCAACCUCGAAACGGUGCUCACACAGGGUAUGUUCGUCUGCCCCACAUGGAACAAUGCUCAACGCUACGCUCCCGGAACGCCUGCAUACGUGGCGCUGUUUCAACAAGGCGUGCAGUAUCCUUCCAACGCGGCGAACGAUUAUUGUUCAGCCGACCGAAGGGUAUGUCACGAGGACGACAUUCAGCUCGUCUUUGUUGAUCCGAGCAAGCUGACUGAUGCGACGAAACAGAGCGUAGUAAAAGAGGUACAAGAUCGAUGGGUUGCAUUUGUGAGGAGUGGAAACCCGAACACCGUCACCUACGGGGGAUGGAGCACGGUGGAUGCAGAUCAGCAGACAGCAAGCGUGCUGAGGCUAGGAGCGAAUUCCGCUUCCGCUUCCGCUUCAUCGGCGUCAUCGUCUGCAGUGGACCACGUUGCGCUGCAGACAGGUCAGUAUGCGGGAUGUGGUCAGAUUUGGGGAAGUCAAGUCAAGUUUGAUUGGCAACUGUAUGGCUGA